AUGCAACACAUCGUUGGAGCAGGGUCAGGUCAUGGCAAACGACUUGAUAAAAUUUGGUUCUCAUCGGCUGGCAUCAUAGUUUGGAUACUUUCGCGGCCCAGCCAGUACCUAGUAUCCAGAGGCCUGUACCAGUGCGUUGCUCUCAUCUCAUCCUCCCCUCCCACCCCAGCGAAAACCCAAAUGCGGAGAGGAAACGACGCCGUCGCAAAGCCACAGGUGAAUAGCAUUCCAGCAGACUCCAAUCACCAUCCACUUGGAUCAAAUCUUCGCCACGCUCUGGCUCCAAGGGCCUCAGCCAUCGAUAGCUCACCAGCCAAGGCACCGCUACUUCCCGUCGGAAUCAUACUAGCCACCCCUGAAUCUGGCCCCCCGGUCUUUAUGAUUCGGUGCCACUUAACGGCCCUAAAGGAAAGGAUGAUGGACCAUGGCGCAUAUUGUAGCGCCGUGUAA